CUUGACAAUAAAUUUGAAUAUCUGAAGCCAUUGCGGUUUUUGCUCUGUAUUGGUCUAACUUGUGUUCGGGAGAACUGAGGCAAAGCAGCAACACAGACUGAGAGCUGAGGAGGCUGAACAUGAAGAGAGGCCACGAAUUCAAUCGGCCAUGGAGACUGAGCUGUACCCUCAUACUUACUGCAGUGGUGGUCUCUCCAGAUCAGAACAGAGGCAUGUUGCCAGAAGAAUUUAAUAUAAGUUGCAGAUAUGCAGGGGUUUUCCAUGUUGAGAAAAAUCGUCGCUACAAUCUCACACGAAGUGAGGCAGUUGAACUCUGCAGAGCUCUCAAUAGUACCCUGCCAACAAUGGACCAGAUGAAGAAAGCUCAUGAAUUAGGAUUUGAAACUUGCAGGUAUGGUUACAUAGAAGACAAAAUUGUAAUCCCACGAAUCAAGCCAUAUUCUCUUUGUGCAGCAAAUAACACUGGAAUUUACAUACUCACUUCAAAUAUAACAGAUCGGUAUGAUACAUAUUGUUAUAAUGCAUCAGAAACUAGGGAUAUGGCAUGUGAACCAAUCAUAAAACUAAAUGAUUCUUGGCAUGAUAAUCAAAGCCGAAUAGUCAUAGAUAAUGCAGAUGGCUCACGUUACGCUGAUGGUGUGAAACAGCCUGACCCAACUCCAGUUACAGAUGGUAAUCAUGUGGGUAGUGGUUCAACAUAUAACGGAGAUACAACAAACCCCACCAUCAUCAGAAUUCACACGGCUGGUGCCCCAUAUUAUGAAGAUACAACCCCAGAUGCACUGUCAACAGAUUAUUCUUCUGUGUCGGGCAGAAAGGAAUAUCAUUCCACAAGUACCAAUGAUAUUGCGAUACCUUUCGAUGACAAGCGGGGUGAAGAUUCAACCAUGAUUUCACUGAUAACUGAUGGUGCUCCUGGAAAAGACAGUGAUCAUCUUAGCAAAAGACAGCAUCCCACAAGUACUAAUCUCAGCUCACAUGAUGAUGGUGCAGAUGGUGAAGACUCAACACAGGAUCCGUUAAUACCAGUAAUUUCCCUCGGAGGGGACAACAGUGAUGACAAGGAACAGCACCCUCCAAGUAGCACUGUGAACCCGGAUCAUGGUGCACAUGAGGAAACCUCCAGCCAACAUGAGGGGAAUCCGUCCCCUGACAUUUGGUGGUGGUCCAAUACAGAUCACAAGGAGCAGCAUCCAACCACAGCAACUAAGGAUGAGGAUUCACAAGAAAAUGAAACAGAUGAUGAAGAUUCACUGCAAGAUCCAUUACACUCUGGAUGGGACACAAAUGAUGACACGGAACAGCACCCUCCAGUUACCAAUAAGGCAGUGGUCUCCAAUGAUGGUAUCAAACAUGAAGACUCAACUAAAGAUCCACUGGCACCGAGCAUUCAACCUGGAGGGGAUAAUGAAGACAAAUAUCCCACAAACAAUCCCAUUGAUAAUUUGAUACCUGGAGUUUUUUCUGACAUUGAAAGUGGACAUGGCAGAGGACCAGCUUCUACAGCCACCAGUUCUAUAACUAACAAACACGGUGGCAGAAGAGCAAAUCCAUCUGGACAGGUCACAUCACCAAAAAUAGCUUCACAGCCGAGAUCAGCCCAAAUACCAGAAUGGUUGAUCAUAGUGGCUUCUCUUCUGGCACUGACAUUGAUUCUGGCAGUCUGCAUUGCUGUCAACAGUCGGAGAAGAUGUGGGCAGAAGAAAAAGCUAGUGAUUAACAAUGGCAAAGGGUCAGUGUCAGACAAGAAGAUGGGUGGACUGAAUGGAGAAGCCAGCAAAUCUCAAGAAAUGGUGCACUUGGUACAUAAAGAACAGCCAGAUAAUCGAACAGGACCAUGUGAUGAAUUCCUAACCACAGAUGAAACGCAAAAUCAGCAAGAAGCUAACAUGAAGACUGGGAUGUAGUAGUGUUGGGCCAUCUUGUAGAUCGAGAGUUGGGGAAAUCAAAAUCACAUGGAACUGGGCCUGGAACUCACAGAUGCAAUGUGCUACUGAUGUCUUUUGAGCAUAAUUAAGCGUACAUUUUAUUCUUCUUUUUAAUAUUUUUAAAAGUCAGGUCCAGAUUUUUAAAAAUUGACAUUGCUUUCUGAUAUAAGUGCCUGAGACUUGCAUAAAUUUGGCAGUUCCCAUUUCCUACCUAGAAGACACUUAUAUGUAAGGAGGGAUGCUAGCUGAAAUAAUAUUUUCCCCAGUUGCAGCACCUUCACUAAGUGAAAAUACAGAAAUAUCUAGUCACUCCAUCUCAAAGGCAUUUAUGGUAAUAAAUGUCUAGAGAAAAAUAGAGUUAAAGAAAAAAAGGGCUUUGGUAGAGUCUGUAUUACACCAGAAUCUUUUAAAAUCACCUUCCAGCCCUGAGGAGUUUGUCAGGUGCAUUCAGGAUCUGCAGGUAUAGGCAAACUGUGACAUUUUAGAAUGAUUACAACUAGGGUUACAAUGAGAAACCCCAAAAGGACAAAACUAUUUAUCUCUGUUUUUUUAAAUGCCCAUGGAUAUAUAAUGCCAAUAAUUUUUAUUGGAGUGAGUGGGAAAAGACACGAAAACUUGAGCUGAUACAUAAUGAAUGUCUGUUCUUUAUUAUCUUAACAAUCUGUGCAGUUAUCCUUCAGUUUCAAAACUGUCUGUUGCUGUUCCCCGAUCAAUCAUAUUUUGAGUAAGUUCCCUAGUGAACCUUGUUAGUUAAGUUGACAAAUAAAUGCAGUGACCACAACUCAAACACAUAUUUCAAAACCUAGCAGUAGGAAAUGAUCAAACAAGAUGGCAAUAUUUUGUUUCUUACAGAAUAGGGCUCUAUCUAUCCCUGCUCUCAGAUAUUAUCGUAAGAUGUUGAGCUUAGCACAACCUGUUUUUCCCCAUACUUGUUGCAUGUUACAUUAUCUUGCUGAUAUUUUAACAGUCAAAUUAAAAUUAUGUGAUGUUCUCUUUUGGAUUCCAUUUCAUCCAUCUUUUUGUUUAAUCUCUGCUUCUUAAAAAUGCCAAGAGAAAUGUUGUUCACUUGUUGAAACAAGAAGUUGGAAAACUAUAUAAAGAUCAAAGAAAACUAUUCAAACAACAUAAAAUAGCUGCAGCUGCAUUGCCUCAUGUUUCCCUCCCCUUUGUACACCCCAUUUAUGUAAAGUAUCUGUGUAAACUAAGAUGGCGUGCAGUAAGGUACACUGAAUUGAUUGUACAUAUUAUCAGCAAGAAAUUGAAUUACCAGCAAUAGUCUAUCCAACUUCACUUUAAGGAAAAAUCUAAGUAAAAACAAUUCAUUAUGUAAUUAUGAUCAAUGAGGACCCUAUGCACCAGGGGAUGGGAAUUGUUAAAUGGUUAGUCAGUUAAGCAAAAUAGUCCCAUUCACUGACCAUGGAUCCUUAAUGAACUGAGACGAGCCCGCUAAAGUCAUUUAUUUUAAUUCAUUUUUAAAGAAACUUCAGCAGUUAAAAUUUCAGCUAGAAUUGUCUAAUAUUUUGCUUUAUUCAUACCACUAUGCAUGAGAUUGCUGAGGUUGUGUUUCUCAAUGUAGAUCUUUAGCAGCUCACCGUAAGUGUUUGUUUUAAUGACAUACUGUAACAUGGUAAGUUUUCUCAGGCAGAUUGACAUUGAUGAAAUUCACCCUUGUGCAAGAGGGCCAGCAAAGCGUGACUUAUUUUGACUGCUUAAGUGGCAUAUGUGCUGGCCCACUGAACAGGGAUGUUUCACACAUAGAAAGUCACACGUUCGUGGGCUGAAUAUGAUCAUACGCUUUGAAGUCAAUGGAGUUAUACCUGUUUACAUCAUCAGUAAAUAUGGUCCAAUGUCAACAUUCUCAUCCUGUCAUGAACAUACAUAACUCAGUUAUGCUGUGGGAGAUCUGUUUCCUUCAGGCAUUUUUCAUUCCUGAAGUAGUUUUUGACAAUGUUUUCCAUCAGCCAUUGUAAAUCAGAAUGGUUGGUCUCUUGAAGGAUGCAUUGAAAUGGGCACUGUGCAUAAAAUUUGAUCAAAGCAGAGGUUCAGAACAAGGCCUCUUCACCUCUUGAGUCCUAGCUGAACAUAGGGUCUCUGAAAAGACCUCUUUAAGUACAGGCUUUGGCAUGUUACACAUUAGAAUUCUUACUCUAAACAGGAGUAUACCUAUUCAGAUAUUUAAUCGGGAAAUCUGCCAUCUCCUUCCCAGAUUACUCAAUUUCAGUAUCUAGUAUGGCAAGGAUAUCAUGACUUGACUUCUUUGGAGGGGUUUUUGGUUUUGGUUUUGGUUUUUGAUAGGGUGGCAUGCAAUCUCUCCUACAGAAGCCGUGCCAUUAUUUUAUAUCUGCAAAAGUGAUUCUAUAUUAGAUGCCAUGUGCCACAUGUGUAAUUAAUUUGCAUUAUAGUUUCAUGCAUAUAACAAUCGUUUGUACUGAGGUGGGGUUUUAUUGUUUGGGGACUUUGUUUAUUACAGAGCACCCUUGGUAUAUUUGUAUAUUUAUUAACAGAUUAAUUAGAAGGAAGAAAGAAUCAUCUCUAAAUUGUAACCAGAAACCUGGGGGGAAAAGUAAAUUGUAAAUUGAGCUUCCAAAAAUAAAUUUAAUUCUAAAUUAAGGGAAAAGAUAAGACUGGUAUUAUUAUUAGCUAGGGUUUUUUUUUGUUUUUUGCUUUGUCCCAAUGAGCCACAGAUCUAUUUACCUGGUUGUAAACACUAGGCUACACCCAGCAGAAACUCAAUGUACUCUUGCAUGCUUUACUAACAUUGUGUGUGCGGUUUCCAAGCAUUCAUUCGUCUGGGGGAAAAAAGUCAGCUUGGCAGUUUGAAAUGGGUGGUUUGGCUUCUCUAGAAAUUGGAUGAUGAGUCUAAUUCUCAUCUCACCUAGAGCUGAAUCCUGUAAGAUACUGACCUCCCAUUGAAGUCAGUGGCAAUUGAGGGGGCUCAGCACCUAAUGGAAUCAAGCCCUUACAUCUUUGUCUCACCAGUGAAAUUCCAGUAACUUAGACAGAUUUGGUGUGUGCAUGGACCUGAUAUUUUUUGCUGGCUCUACUUAAUUUUCCAGUGGGACAGGUUUAACUCAGAAAAAGCAAGGGUAGGGCAGCCUUGUAAGCAGCAUAUGGUGUUAAAUUACCUCAGACAAUGCUGAAAAUAAGAAAUAUAGCCAAUACUUGAAUUUACAUGAAAAUAUCUAAAGCACCGAGUGUAUUAAGAGUAAGACGUGGCUGUAAUCUCUCUCUUUCUGAUCAAUGACUUCACCCCUGUUUUCUGGAUGAUUUAUAAAGAAUGGUUUAUUGAAGCAGAGAAGUGAGAAGGGUUACAUUAUGUUAAAAAGCUUUAUGGCAAGAGAGUGUUUUAAUAUUUUCCACAAAGUCAGUGGGAAUUGGAAUUCCAGUAUGAUAUUUCUAUGGUUUUUUCUGGCAUCUCAGGGAUGUUCUGUGUGUGUAAUUUGACAGUAACACGAACCUACCCCUGUAUUAAGUAGUUUGGAAGGAUUUAGCAUGCUGAUGGAGACUUCCAAGGAGAUCAUUACCAGGGACCUGAUUACUAGAGAGUAAUGGAGCUGUGCAAGACAGAGUCUUGCCCCUUGGUUAGGGGAGUGCCUAAUUAUCCUUUCUAUGGCUCCAGGAAAGUACCUAUUUCCCUCUCAGAAUUAGCUGUUGGACCCAGGAGACUUAGGACUUGUCUACACUUACUGGGGAUCAAUGCUGUGGUGUUCAUAGUGAAGACCUGUUAAAUCGACCACAGAUCGCUCUCCCAUUGAUGCCAGUACUCCAUUGGAAGAAGAAGAGUAAGGGGAUGCUCUCCCGUCCACAUAGUGUAGUGUGGACCCAGCGGUAUCUAAAGCUUUGUCGACUUGAGUUACUCUACUAACAUAACUCAAAUUGCGUAGCUUAGAUCGUCUUUCCCCCAUAGUGUAGACAGCCUCAAAGAACUUAAUUGAGCCAGCGGUUGUGGGGACUAUUUUGAUUUAGAUUGGCUUCUUGGAGGAAGUUAUUCAAUAUUGCAGCCAAAAGCUUUUACUUCAUCUUAGUAAGCUACUCAUCGCUCCUACUACUCUAGUUGAAGGCGAUUAGAUUGAAUUAGAUUUGAUACUUUAUAUUUAUCUAAAUAUAGACACAGGAGAUAGAUCUGGAUAUUGAUUAGCUUUCUGAUGUAGGGAAGAAGAUGUUGAAACCUGAAGUUGCCCGGGGUGAAAUCAUGCCUCCAUUGAAGUCAGUGACAAGUCUCCCAUUCACUUUAAUGGAGUAAGGUGUUUUGGGGAACAGAGCUUAACAUGAUGAGGAUGGGAGAGAGAAUGCUUUAGGCAGCAAGAAGUUUGUGAGAGAGUUAAGAGAAGGGGUGCAGUGAGAGUAAAAUCUCUGUGUUACUCACUAGGAAAGUCCCUUCCCCAGAACUGGUACUUAGCAUCUGACAUUUGAACAUGUUGUAAUUGUAGGCAAAAAAACCUGAACUGAUCUUUCCCAAUGAGCUUUCCUCCCACUGUUUGUAAGCUGAAUGUGAGAUCUCUCCCACUCACAACUCAUCUAGUUAUUACUAUGCCAGGUGGCAAGUAGUACAUACCCAGUGCACAUGUCUGCUGUUAAGAACUGCUUUCCCUACUGAAAGUAAAGAAAACCAGAGUGUGAAUUUGGCAAAGAGGAACAAUGAUGCCCAUUAAAUAUGGUUCAGAUUAUACUUUUGUCUUCAUUAUCUCUAUUUAAAGCUAUUGUUAAAGAUGUACUUUCCCAGUGCUUAACACGAGGCUUCUGGAACUGUCCUAUUGGCACCUAUUAUUAUGUUUUUAAAGAUUACGCAGGCUAAGCAGGUUUGUGGUUGUUGGUUUUUCCCUUUUCAUGGAGGAAUUAUGGAUUUUACCAGUUAACAUGGAAUGAAAAUCCACUUUUGUAUGCAGGUACAUUGCUCGCUUUCAAGUCAGCUGUGAAUAUUGAAUAUUUUCCAGUACUGCGAUUUUUGGAAAGUAGUGAUGAUAAAAAGUUGCUUUUUAUCAAAAGUGUCCUCAGUCAGAGGUGGCCUUCUGUCCUCAAGAAUGCUGAUUGUUUUUUCAAGGGGAAAGGCAACUGAAGUCAAUGAAGUUCUACUUUUGCCCUUACAGUCAGCGUGUGUUCCAUGGUGACCUGGAGAAUGUCUAACCAGUGGUAUUUGCACUGCUUAAAGGGAAGUCACCAUUUUAUAUUCUAACCUUUUCCCCUCUUUUCAAAUUUUCUGUGGACAAGUGAAUCCCUUUUAUCUAAUUUUGAACCCACUGGAAUAUGGAGGUUUGAAAGUUUGACUUAAAAAUCACUGAGUUCUGCUUAGGGAAAAAGGAACAGAGAAGAAAAUCCAAUGAUAAAAUGAAAGUGAAAAAUUGAAAACCAAAGGCAGAGAGACUGACAUAAUGAACGAAGAGGGGAAUGAAAAAAAAUUCUCAUAAAAAGUAGACAUAGUUUUAAUGCCAUAUAUAGGAACCUCAUUGUGCCAGAUUAUAUUUUUGGAAAGUUCCUCUAUUCCUUAUACAUAGCACAGGCUUUCCUCUACCUAGGAAACAAAUAGUUUCAAAUAAUUGCAGCAUCUCUGGAAAACAGCAUGUAUUUUAACUUUCAGAGAAAUAAGACUUGUGAAUUAAAAUAGGUUUUGAGUACCUUGUAAAGCUCAGUACAACUGUUUAAAAAUUUCACAAAACUACCCUCCAUAAUGUUCACUAAUCCCUAUUUCUAGCUCAACCAUAAAAAUUUGUUCUGGACAGAAACUUGCUGAAAAGAAAUCCAGAGACAAUUAGAAGUUCUGCUUAUUCCCCCACAAGCUUUUGAGAGGAAAAUAAUGUUUUAGCAAUUUUAAGAUAGAAUUGUGAAGUUAAAAACCAUAUAUAUUUUUGUACGUAUUUUAGCAGUUUGUUUCUUUUGGAUUGCUCAAAAUAAAAUGUAUUAUUUCUUCCAGUAAAAAGGCCAAAUUCUGAUCUCGUUUAGGCCUUGAUUCAGGAAGGUAUGUAAACAUUUGCUUAGCUUUAAGUGAAGAGAUUUAAGCAGAUUCUGAAAAAAAUAGUUCACAUUGAGCUUAGUUGUGGAACUGGACAGGUGUGUAUGAACUGGGGAUGGAAUGAGGCAUCUAAUUUCUUCCUUACUUGGUUCACCUAUCGCUAACGCUGCCGUAAAGAAGGAACUAAGCUCCCCUGCCCUGUGUAGCUUUAAGGGUCUAAGGUAAAAUAAGAUUACAAUACCAGGCAUGUUCAGAGUUCAUGCUGAAAUAAUGGACCAUGGAAUAACAACUUGAUAAAAUUGAUCUAUUAUCAUUUAUUCACUCUCUAUACACCAGAAAUGAGAGCCUGGUUCUAGCUCUGGUUCCUUUAUACCAAGUAAAGGGCCAGUGUGUUGUAAAGGGGACCUAAAAGCCCUGGUUCUGUCUAGGAAGAAUUUGUCUGGUGCAGAAACUGAGACAGACAGCCGUAAGGCUGCCCACGGGUGGCCCUCUUGUAAGUCCUGGCAUAGGGAGCAUAGUGGAGUGGGUUUGGAGGCAGGAGAGGUGUAUUGGGAGUACAGAUUGCAGACAUGGGAGGGUGCCAAAAGUUAGACAGGCCUCUAGGGCUAAAUUAUGUUUGGGGGGGCCCCUCCAGCCCUCAGAGCAGCUCAGGACCAGGAUGGUGCGAAGUUCACUUUAAGCCAUCUUAGCUUCACUUCCCCCUGGGUUGUGAAUUCUGUGCUGCUCCUCUUAGAAUCUCUCUCCAGGACACCAGUUUAGUAGUAGGUUCCAACUUCCAUACAUACCAGAGCACAAGCAAGUUGGGAUAAGGAUAGAGUUUCAGCUGAAUUUUCUUGCAUUUGUUGGUUUAAUUGGAGCCAUUGGCAUUAUUUUCUCACACGGUUUUCUUGGUGCUUUGUUUGUUUUCCUUCACUGGCUUAACCUAGAAAACACUUAGAUCAUUUUCAGUGACCCCAUUUUCUCUGCAAGUAGGACAGUGAACGCAGGCUUCAUGCCUUCUUUCUACCCAGAGCAGCCAGGGCUGAACUGAAUACUUUUUACUCCUGUUCAAACCUUUAAACCUGGGGCUGUAUUUACAGCUUUUGUCCACCUCUGGACAAACAGAAAGCACUUAGCUCUGGAAUAGAAAGCACUUGGCUCAGGGCUGCUGUUUCAAGUUUCUGUCAGUGCCCUCACUGUGGAUCCUGGGUGAAAAGUUUCCACUCCCAGUUUGUGGAAUGUUUCUUCCCCACCCCCAAUCCCAAGUUGACAGUGCUUGCCUUGGGUGGAAACAAGCCUCUACAUCAUGCCUUAGCUUCCUUCAGUGUCCCAAGUCAAAAUGGUCCCAACAGACAUUUGCUAUGAUUCCACAAAUCCUGGGAGUGGGAGAGAAAAUUCUUUUUUGCAAGUGCUCUGGGUUAGAACCCUAAAUGAUGAGAGCCUCACCACAAAACUCUAGAGCAAUGGGGUGGUUUGUUUUCCUUUUCAGAUCCACAAGAGAUUCAAUGUUUGGGCUUCAAUCAUGCAGUGAUGCUUUGUGUACAAAACCUGUACUUGUCUGUUGUAGUUUGCAAAUGUGGAUGGUUUUUUAUAAUAAAUGAUCUGUUCUCAAAUUAUUAAUUAAAAUAAAAAGCUGGUUUUGUUUGA